AUGUAUGACGGAGCGAGAACACAGAACACCAUCUUAGUCUUUGGACCUCAAGCCCUUGCGUUCAACCAGGAUUCAAUCCGAAGCCUCGGUGCGAAUACUGCAGACCCAUCUGUACUCGAGUGGGUCAAGGAUGUGGUCGCAGAACUUCCAGACAGAUUCACUGAAAUCAGCGAAAGAAUUCCCGAGCUUGAUAUCAUACCAGGGGCUUCGUUGUUGAGAUCCCUGUAUCAACAACUAAAGACCGGAAGUUCGGAAGCCAUUACAAACGAUCCCAAUAUACCAAACAUCUUGUUGACUCCGCUUUGUGUCAUCACACACCUGGUGGAAUUCACGAGGAAAGCCGGUCUGAGAAAAAGCGGAUCAGGAUUUGAGGCAUGGAAAGAUGAGAAGAAUAAUUUGUCGGAUGCCACGCAUGCUGUGGGGCUCUGCACCGGUCUAUUGGCAGCACUGGUGGUAUCCCUCAGCCGUGGCUUGGGAGACAUCGAGAAAUAUGGGGCUAUCGCUAUCCGCCUUGCCAUGGUGAUUGGGGCUGUUGUGGAUGCCGAAGAUGCCCUGAACACCCACUCAGCUUCGUUUUCAGCAGCUUGGAGAUCGUGCGAUGGCUUCAGUGCCAUGGAGGAGAUCAUUAGAAAAUUCGAGAAUGCUUACGUAUCCGUUCGAUUUGACGAAAACCGAGCCACCGUAACAGCGUCAAAGGCCCAUGUUCCUGAAAUGAUGAGACAGAUGAGUUCUGUCGGGAUAUCGGUAGUAGAGAUUCAACUGUCAGGCCGGUUCCAUACGAAAUGCCACCAGCGUGUUGUAUCCUUGCUGAAUGAGUUCUGUGAAUCAAACCCAAAAUUUCAGUUCCCAGAGGUACCCGAGCUCAGGAUACCUUGUUGGGCGGACAUCGAUGCCAAAACUCGAGAAAUUGAUCAGAGCAAUCUGACAUUCGCCGCUUUGAAUGCCAUAUUGGUGCAGCAAUCGGACUGGUGGAACACAUUUCUGGAUUUGAGCACGCUUCCGGGAGAAAAGAAAAUCUUCAUCGUCAGCUCAGAGAAAUGCGCACCACCCUCGUUUGUUAAAAACCUCUCUGAAGACUGUCGAAUAGUAUAUGAAGGAACUUUUGCUUCCCAGCCAGACGAUAAUAUGUUGCAGACAUCAACGUUGAAUGAAAAUGAUAUUGCCGUGGUUGGUAUGGCCUGCAAAGUGGCCGGGGCUGACGACAUUAACGAGUUUUGGGAUAUUUUGUGCAAAGGAGAGUCACAGCACACCGAAAUCCCGCAGUCACGUUUAGAUUUUGAAACAGCCUUUCGGGAUCAUGACAGUAACAGAAAGUGGUAUGGAAACUUCAUCAAAUCGCAUGAUUCGUUCGAUCACAAAUUCUUCAAGAAAGCCCCACGAGAGGCAGCAUCAAUGGACCCACAACAGAGAUUGCUGUUGGAGAUUGCCUACCAGGCUGUUGCACAGUCAGGCUAUUUCCAGUAUUCUGCCCCUUCAGCAAACGUGGGUUGCUUCGUGGGAACGUGUGCCGUUGAUUAUGAGUACAACGUGGCAUGCCACGUCCCAAAUGCGUUCUCUUCCACUGGAAACCUUCGUGGUUUCAUCGCAGGCAAAGUCAGUCACCAGUUUGGGUGGACUGGGCCUUCGCUCACCCUUGACACUGCUUGCUCGGGUGCUGCUGUGGCUGUGCAUCAGGCUUGUAAGGCCAUUCUUGGGGGAGAAUGCGAAUAUGCACUUGCUGGUGGCGUGAACAUGAUCACUCAACCAUUAGCAUACCAAAACCUUGCCGCGGCAUCCUUUUUGAGCCAGACUGGACAAUGCAAGCCCUUUUGUGUUAGUGCGGAUGGAUAUUGUCGUGGAGAAGGUGUGGGGGCCGUGUUCCUCAAGAAGAAAUCGAGUGCUCUAGCCGACGGCGAUCAAAUUUUUGGCGUGAUAUCUGGCACAGCAGUCUCCCAGAAUCAGAAUUGCACGCCCAUAUUUGUCCCCAAUGCUCCAUCUUUAACGGGUUUGUUUCAAAACGUUCUGGACAAAGCUGGCAUUGAACCCGGUAAGGUCUCAUAUGUCGAAGCACACGGGACAGGUACCCCAGUGGGAGACCCGGCAGAGUAUGAAAGCAUCAGUCAGGUUUUUGCUGUUGCCAAACGUGCGCAGCCUGUCCAACUAGGCUCGGUGAAGGGCCUCGUUGGGCAUACUGAAAGUUCUUCUGGUCUCGUGUCACUGAUAAAAGUACUUCUUAUGAUGCAUCAUAGCACAAUUCCCCCGCAGCCCAGUCAUCAGAAGCUGAGCCCUCAUAUCAAAUCACACAAUUUGAUGGAGAUUGCGACAUCUUUGAAGCCUUGGACAAAUAAAUCCAAGGCUGCCUUGAUCAAUAACUAUGGGGCCUCGGGAUCAAAUGCGUCCAUGAUCGUCACAAACUUUGCAGUGGAUCAAAACUCGAUUUGCGGACCCCAGGAUGGUCAAAAAUACCCCUUCUGGAUUUCUGGAUCUGAUGAAAAGAGCCUCAGAAUAUAUGCGGGGAGGCUUGGUGAUCUCUUGAACCAAAAUGCUUGCGAAAAGAAUCCCAAUUUGAUCAGGGACUUGUCAUUUAACCUUUGUCGGCAAUCCAACCGAAAGCUGCCCAAGGCUUUGCUUUUGAGCUGCUCAACAGUCGAAGAGCUACAGACAAAGUUGAGCGAGGAGGCAGCGCCAGUUGACAUGAGCGAUUCCCCAGCAUUGAUCUUGUGUUUUGGUGGACAAGUCUCCAAGUUUGUGGGAUUGGAUCACAGCAUUGUGGAAUCAACGACCAUUUUGCGCACCCAUUUGGAUAUGUGCGACAAAACAUCGAAAUUCUUGGAGCUUGGUGGCAUUUACCCCGAGAUAUUCGAGAAGGCUCCAAUCCAGGAUGUUGUCAAACUUCAAUUAUGUCUGUUUGCUUCUCAAUAUGCUUCGGCGAUGAGCUGGAUUGACUGUGGUGUCCGACCUACAGCUCUAGUUGGCCAUAGCUUUGGUGAGCUCACUGCAUUGUGUAUAUCUGGUAUUUUGAGUCUCCCUGACACAAUUCGAUUGAUAACUGGCCGUGCUCGCACCGUGAGAGACCAGUGGGGCUCAGAUAAAGGGGCUAUGAUGGUGGUCAAGGCCGACCCUGAGCAGCUCGAGAAUAUUCUGUCGGCAAAUAUUCCAUCUGGGCAUUCAGUAACGAUUGCCUCGUAUAAUGGACCAAGCAGCUUCACACUUGCAGGAGCAUCUGAAGCAAUCGAAGCGACCAUUGAACACAUUCUGAAAGACAAAUUGCUUUCCUCUAUCCGUUGGAAGAGGCUGAAUGUCACUAAUGCGUUUCACUCUCCCCUUGUUGACCAUCUGAAGCCAGAAAUAGAGCGAAUGUCGCGUGACCUCACGUUCAAGAAGCAAAUCAUUCCGAUAGAAUUUUCAACCAAGAGCGGAUCGAGCCUGAAUAUAGGCCCAAGCUUCGUCCCAAAUCACAUGAGAGAUCCAGUAUAUUUCCACCAUGCCGUUCAAAGACUUUCGGACAGACAUGGAUCGUGCGUGUGGCUCGAGGCUGGCUCCAGUUCGACGAUCACUCAAAUGGUUUGUCAAGCAUUAGGCGGAUCGAGUAUGAGUUCGCAUUCCUUUGUCCCUAUGGACAUAUUGACUGGCGGGUCCACAACAAAUCUCACUCACGCAAGUAUUGGUCUUUGGAAGAAUGGCAUCAACGCGACUUUCUGGCAACAUCAUCCAUUGCAAACCAACGAAUAUGCCCCUCUGAUGUUACCACCAUAUCAAUUCGAAAGAUCAAAGCAUUGGUUGGAACUGAAAGUCCCAUCCAAUAUGCCUGUACAAACUGCGAGCCCAACGAAGCAGGCAGGUCUUUGGAUAUUCGAAGAAUAUCGGGACAUUGAUCAUCGUUCAAUUCGAUUCAGAGUACUGUGUGAGUCGGAAGAAUACAAGGCAAUUGUCUCGAGCCACAUCAUUGCUCAGACAGCUCCGAUUUGUCCCGCGACAUUGGAAGUGGAUAUGGCAAUCGAUGCCCUUAUGAGUGUACAUCCCAAGCUCAAGGAAGAUAGCCUGCAGCCACAGAUCCUGAAUGUUGAAAAUCAGUCUCCCAUCUGCUUGGACUCAUCGCGCGUUGUGUGGUUAGACCUGAUGGCAAAGGAUGCCGGUACAGACCCCAACCAGGAAUGGGCGUGGAGCCUCACAAGUGAAAAAAUCGGGAAUGACUCGGUGGUGACAACACAUGUAACCGGCGAAAUUGUCUUUUCACAUGCAGACGACGUGGGAGUUCAGACUGAGUUCGCUCGGUAUGAGCGUUUGGUGACCCAUCAACGCUGUACCGAUCUCCUCUAUGGUAACGAUCUGGGCGAUGACAUUGUCCAAGGUUCCACUAUUUAUAGGAUCUUCAAUGAGGUUGUCGAGUACGGCGCACGGUUUCAAGGUCUGAGCAGACUGGUAGGAAGGAUAUCAACAAGUGAGUCUGCCGGACGAGUGACCAAGCGAUAUGCGGGUGGUUCCUGGCUUGACGCCGACCUUUCCGAUUGUUUCAGUCAAGUCGGCGGAAUUUGGGUGAAUUGUAUGACCAGAAAAGGUACUGGAGAUAUGUAUAUCGCGAACGGGCUCGAGAAAUGGGUGCGGUCGCCAAAGCUUCUCCGCCAUACCCCUCGACCUGAAACCUGGGAUAUCAUCGCGUGCCACGAGAGGCGUGGAGACAGUGCUUUCAUGACCGAUAUCUUCAUAUUUGACCCUAGAAAGGGAACUCUGGUUGAAGUUAUACUUGGUAUUAACUUCGCCAGGAUAUCAAAGUUAUCAAUGAGCAAGUUGCUAGCUCGACUCUCAGUCGAUACCAAGGCUGCGCCUUUGGCAGAGCCAACACGCAUCGGUUCAAGGGCACAAAGACCGAACGACAAUUUUUCUGCCCAAAAGCCGGCCUUGGGCGGAUUCUCGGAGAUCGACUUGGUGUCGAAAGUGCGGCUCAUUCUUGCUGAUCUAUCCGGUCUGGAUCCCACGGAGAUCAAAGAAAACGCCCAUCUGGCAGAUCUUGGGAUUGACUCUCUGAUGGGAAUGGAGCUUGCGCGUGAGCUAGAAGGUGCAUUUAGUUGUACUUUUUCAACAGACGCACUAAUGGAUGUCUUCAGUUUUGAGGGCCUGGUCCAGUGCCUUCGACAAACACUGGGGCUAUCGGAGAUCAGCGAUAGCUCUGAUGCCAAUGCAACUUCAUUAAAUGCGAUCGAUACGUCACAAAGUUCAACAGAUGAUGUCGCGUGUGACUUGGAAGACUCUUUGAAUGGCAAAAUAGGGCAACAGCCCACGAGGGGAGGAGACAAGCUUCCAGUGAAUGCUAAACAGGAAGACAGUAUUGGCAUCUCUUCCUCGGUGAUACUGGAAGCUUUUGCUGAAUGCAAAGUACUCACAGAUCACUUCAUAGAAGAAGAGAAUUGCGACAGCUACUUAGAGUUGGUCAUGCCGCGCCAAACAGAGCUUUGCGUUGCCCUUACACUGGAAGCAUUUUCUGUAUUGGGUUGUGAUCUGCGUUUGGCGCGAGCUGGACAGGAGCUAGACCGCAUCAAUCAUAUUCCAUCAUUGGAAGGCCUUGUCGACUACCUUUAUGAAAUGCUCGAGAAAGAAACCGGUAUCAUUGAAAAUCAUGGGCCUAUGAUUCUGCGUACCUCGGUGGCAGCACCCAGAGAGUCCAGUUCUGAUAUAUUGCGGACCCUUAUGGAUUCUUUUCCAGAACAUCAGUACCCCCAUAUGUUAACGCAUUUUGCUGGCUCCAGACUGGCUGAUGUCUUGGCCGGCAAGUCCGAUGGAAUUAAAGUCAUAUUCGGAACAGAAGAGGGAAGAAAACUCGCUUCCGGCCUCUAUGCAGAUUCGCCCUUGAACAAACUGUCAUAUAUGCAGAUGCGGGAUUUCGUCAAACGUCUGGCAUUAAGAUUGGAGAAAUCGGGCGGGACGCUGAAGAUUCUUGAAUUGGGAGCUGGGACUGGGGGAACCACCAAGUGGAUUGUCCCACUUCUGGCAGACCUUGGGAUUCCCGUCGAGUAUAUCUUCAGCGACCUCUCGCCGUCAUUUGUCGCUGCGGGGAGGAAGAGAUUCGCAAAAGAGUACCCGUUCAUGAGCUUCAGAACAUUGGAUUUUGAGAAGGAGCCCGAGAAAGAUCUUCUCGGCAGCCAACAUAUGGUGUUGGCUAGUAACGCUGUACAUGCUACUCACAGUUUGAGAAGAUCUCUUGGAAACAUCAGAAACACACUGCGUGCUGAUGGAUUUGUGGUACUUCUUGAGAUGACGAGAACAAUUUACUGGGUGGAUAUGAUAUUUGGUCUCCUGGGGGGCUGGUGGCUCUUUGAUGACGGGCGUCGGCAUGCAGUUGCCCACCAGUCUCGAUGGCACGAUGAUUUUAUUGCGACUGGGUACAGACAUGUUGAUUGGUCAGACGGCAAUCAUGCAGAGACAACAAUUCAGCGUGUCUUUUUAGCCCUGAACGGCGAAAAUGGCAACGAGAAACCACCUGUGGCACAUAUUGAAGCCCGACAAGCAAUGAUUGAUGCUUAUGUGCGGCAAUAUACUCAGGACUUUGCAAUUCCAGUCUCGCCUAUGGUGCGCUGUGUCGCAAAGGAGAACCUGUGCAUCUUGGUCACCGGGACGAACGGUAGUUUGGGCUCGCACAUCGUUGCGCAUUUAUCCCAUCUCCCGCAAGUGAAGACGAUAAUUUGCGUGAACCGAAGAAGUAAGAUAGAUCCACGGAAGCGGCAGUUUGAUGCCAUGGAAUCCCGAGGAAUCCAAGGAGCCAACUUGGAGAAGCUUGAAAUCAUUGAGACCGAUACAGCGAAUGCAUUGCUUGGGCUAGAGCAGGGUUACUACGACCGCUUGAAGUCAAGAAUCACCCACAUUGUCCACAAUGCAUGGCCAAUGAGCGGCAAACGACCGUUGAAAGGAUUCGAGAAUCAAUUCAAAGUCAUGCGAAAUCUUUUGGAUAUCGCCAGCGGCGCAAAUUCUGCGCAAGGAUCGAUCAUAUGCUUCCAGUUCAUCUCAUCAAUUGCAGUUGUGGGGCACAGACCGACAAUGACAGGUAAGCAAUUGGUUGCAGAGGAACGGGUCGAAACAGCCGCGGCAGUGCUUCCCAAUGGAUACGGCGACGCGAAGUGGGCAUGUGAGCGCAUGCUUGACGAGACAUUGCACAGGUAUACCCAAAGCUUUCGAGUGAUGACAGUUCGCCCAGGGCAGAUUGCUGGUUCAAGGACUAGUGGGUAUUGGAACCAUAUGGAGCACUUUAGCUUCCUCGUCCAAUCAUCGCAGACUGUUGAGGCUUUCCCGGGGUUCGAUGGAAUCAUGUCUUGGACACCCGUCAACGAUGUGGCCGCUGCUGUUUGCGAUCUCCUCGUGCAUCAUAGCAGUCCAUCAUAUCCCGUGUACCAUAUUGACAACCCCGUGAGACAACCAUGGUGUGAUGUGGUAUCUGUUCUGGCCGAGGCCAUCGGUGUUGAUGUCGUUCCGUUUCAGCAAUGGCUGCAGAGAGUUCGCUCAUGUCCCUCGUCUGUUGCUUUCGAGAAUCCUGCGGCUAAGCUCAUUGAGUUUUUUGAGCAGGACUAUACUCGCAUGUCGUGUGGCGGGUUGCUGCUAGACACAACCCUAGCAUGCGAGCAUUCAGAGUCACUAAGAUCGGUCGGGCCUGUUAGCCCAGAUCUGGUUCGAAAAUACAUUGAAGCAUGGAAGACGGCCGGUGUCUUGAAGUGGUCGGCUUGA